UUUGGGUAAAUUAAUUAAUUAUUGUAAUUUUAGCAAAGUUUUCUGGAAGCUCCAAUCUUUGAUUUUUUUUCCAAAAGAAAAGAAGAACAGAAAUUACAAGUCAAUCAAUGGCAACAAGUAACUGCAGAGGCCACCGCAACCGUUAGAUUAUCCGACAAAGACUCGAUUUAAUUGAAUUCAAACGUUCAAAACAAUACGGCGCCGCCCUCUGUGUCUUUCUGUGUAUUAAGCUUACACGCGUACAUGUUAACGGUUUGUUCUGUUAAGGCCAUCAGUUUUCUUCUCUUAUAAGUGCAAUCCCAAGACCCUCAAGCCUUAAUUUUUUUCAAAUUUGAAGUAUCUCUCGUUGGCUUCUCUGUCGGGAUUCAAGCCAUCUGCCACAUCUGAGCAGGGAAAAUGACUGAGCCAAAUCUGAACACACCCUUAAACCCACCGUCAUCAACUCGAAAUCUCCCUGAUUUCAAAAAGUCUAUUAAACUGAAAUAUGUGAAACUUGGGUACCACUACCUAAUUACACAUGGAAUGUACCUCUUCCUUUCACCUCUGGCAGUCCUAAUUGCUGCGCAAGUCUCCACAUUUUCUCUCCAAGACCUUUAUGAUCUUUGGGAGCAUCUACAAUAUAAUCUUAUCUCUGUUAUUCUAUUCUCCACUUUGCUUGUUUUCCUUUUGACACUCUACUUUCUCACUCGCCCUCGCCCUGUUUACCUUGUGAACUUUUCCUGCUACAAGCCUGACGAAUCUCGGAAAUGCGCAAAAAAGAUUUUCAUGGAUCAAUCCGGGAUGACUGGUACAUUUACAGGGGAGAGUCUUCAGUUUCAGCGCAAGAUCCUUGAACGAUCUGGGCUUGGCGAUUCUACUUACCUUCCAGAGGCUGUCCUUAACAUUCCUCCAAACCCAUCAAUGAAAGAAGCUAGAAAAGAAGCUGAGGCUGUGAUGUUUGGAGCAACUGAUGAGCUUUUUGCUAAAACUUCUGUGAAACCCAAAGACAUUGGUAUCUUGAUUGUGAAUUGUAGCUUGUUCAAUCCAACUCCAUCUCUGUCUGCUAUGGUUAUAAACCAUUACAAGCUUCGAGGAAAUAUAAUUAGCUACAAUUUGGGAGGGAUGGGCUGUAGUGCCGGCUUAAUUUCUAUUGAUCUUGCAAAAGAUCUUCUUCAGGUCCAUCCCAACUCUUAUGCAUUGGUUAUCAGCAUGGAGAACAUCACAUUGAAUUGGUACUUUGGUAAUGAUCGGUCAAAGCUUGUAUCAAAUUGCUUGUUUCGAAUGGGUGGUGCUGCAAUAUUGCUUUCAAAUAGGUACUCUGACAGAAGAGGAUCGAAAUACAGAUUGUUGCACACUGUCCGUACCCACAAGGGUGCUGAUGAUAAAUGUUUUGCCUGUGUUACUCAAGAAGAAGACUCUGAAGGGAAGAUUGGUGUUAGUUUGUCAAAAGAUCUGAUGGCUGUUGCAGGCAAUGCUUUGAAGACUAACAUCACCACAUUAGGGCCUCUUGUUCUACCAUUGUCUGAACAACUGCUGUUCUUUGCUACAUUAGUUGGAAAGAAACUUUUCAAGAUGAAGGUCAAGCCUUACAUUCCGGAUUUCAAACUGGCUUUUGAGCACUUCUGCAUUCAUGCUGGAGGAAGAGCUGUAUUGGAUGAAUUGGAGAAGAACUUGGAGUUGUCUGAUUGGCACAUGGAACCAUCAAGAAUGACACUUUAUCGGUUUGGCAACACCUCAAGUAGUUCUCUUUGGUACGAAUUGGCUUAUUCAGAGGCCAAGGGAAGGAUAAGGAAGGGUGACAGAACAUGGCAAAUUGCCUUUGGUUCAGGGUUCAAGUGUAACAGUGCAGUGUGGAAGGCUUUGAGGACCAUAAACCCAGCAAAGGAGAAGAGCCCAUGGAUGGAUGAAAUCCACAAUUUUCCAGUAGAAGUUCCUAAAGUAUCAACCAUUUAAUUCAAGAACUGCGUUUGUGAAUGGAGAAUUUUUCUUUUUUCUUUUUCAGAUGUCAAAAUGCAUUUUUGCCAUCCAUCUCCAGAUGUGGAUGGUAGCUGCUCAAUCUGUGGCUGGCUAUAUGGGAUUCAAUUGUUUUAGGAUUUUGGUUAUUGCUGAUUGUCCUUUUCACAGAUCUGAAUGGUAUUUGUUACUGGAUUAUUCAUGGCUUUA